GCGAAACAACUGUUGCAUAACUAUCCUUCGACGCAAUUGCGGGCCGCAUCACCAUUUCCCCGUUCAAUUCCCGUACAUCUCUCGCCAUGGCAGGAAUUACUGGAAUGAUAUACAACUCCCUCUUCCGACGGAAUACUACGUUCCUGAGUUCGAUAUUCAUCGGAGCCUUCGCGUUCGAGAUGGCAUUCGACUCUAUCAGCAACCGGAUAUUUGAUUCUCUGAACAAGGGGAGACAAUGGAAGGAUAUCCGACACCAGUACAUCCAGAAGGCUGAGGAUGAAGAAUAAAACGGGCCAGAUGGAAAAUGUUGAUAUAAAAGCGUUGCGUGUGCGGCGCUUGAAAGAAGCGUGGUGUUUUGAAGUGGGAUAGAAUUGUAUAUGUACAAGUUAGAUAUUGUGGAAUUAUGCAAAAAAUUCAUAUCUGUUUCUGGAAAAAAUCGGGUCAAUAUGCUUGAUGAUUCAAGCAGCGAAGAAUAUGGCGGCAUCUGGAGUGAAUAUGCGGGUGGCGUUAUAGUUGUCGUCUAUCCGGAUUUAACAAGGAUAUAUCUCUCCUUCGGGCAAGCUCCGUAGCGAUUUGGUUAAUUC